AUGGCAUUUGUAUAUGAACCUUUGCAUCUUCUUCUCUUGCUAGCAUUCUCAAAGUGCUGUUUGUCAUCAAUUAGCACCAAUUCUACAACCACCAGAUUCCUAGCUAGUUCACCAGCUGAUUCAACUGUUAAACAUCCAAGAUUGGUAUCCAAACUCAUUCACCAUCGUUCUGUUCUCCAUCCACACUACAAUCCAAAUGAAACAGCCAAAGACCGAAUGGAACUUGAUAUCAAACAUUCAUUUGCACGUUUAGCCUACUUGCAAUCUAGGAUUGAAGGUUCUUUGGUCUCUGAUGAUUACAGGGUUAAUCUUUCUUCCUCUUUAAUUGGUAGAGAUAUACUGGCCAAUCUCUCAAUAGGUCAACCCCCCAUCCCACAACUUGUUGUUAUGGACACUGGAAGUGACAUCUUUUGGGUUAUGUGCAACCCUUGCUCAAAUUGUGUCCACCAUUUAUCUCCACUUUUUGAUCCUUCAAAGUCUUCAACAUAUUCCCCAUUAUGCAAAAUACCCUGUGUAUUCAAGGGCUGCAAAUGCAACCACUUGGGACAAUUACCAUUCAGUAUCACUUAUGCAAACAACUACUCCUCAUCAGGAACUUUUGGCCUUGACAUGCUAGUUUUUGACACAAGUGAUGAAGGUAAAGCUCAGGUAUUUGAUAUAAAAUUUGGGUGUGGCAACACCAUUGGCUACAAUGAAGACCCAGGGUACAACGGAAUACUAGGACUAAACAAUGCACAUGACUCAUUGGCUUCACAAAUUGGCAAAAAAUUCUCUUACUGCAUAGGGAGUCUAACUGACAAAUACUAUAAUUACAACCAAUUAAUAUUAGGUGAAGGGGCUGAUCUUGAAGGCUCUGCUACACAUUUUCAAGUGCUUCAUGGCAUGUAUUAUAUCACCAUGAAAGGCAUAAGUAUAGGAGAAAAGAGGCUUGACAUAGAUCCAGCAACUUUUGAGAUAAAAGAGAAUGGAACAGGUGGAGUCAUACUUGACUCAGGGUCUACAUUCACCUACCUAGUUGAUGAUGUGUAUAAAUUACUAUGCAAAGAAGUUAAAAAUCUAUUUGGUUGGUUAUAUAGAGUAGCUACAUUUGAAAAUUUUCCAUGGCUACUUUGCUAUUUUGGGAGUGUAAGUAGAGAUCUAGUUGGGUUUCCAGUGGUUACAUUCCAUUUUGCUGAUGGAGCAGAUUUGGCUUUGGACACAGGAAGCCUUUUUGUACAGCAGACAGAUGACACAUUUUGCAUGGCUGUAGCUCCAAUGAGUGAGGGUGGCAUUGGAAGUAAAACUUCUGUUAUAGGGUUAUUAGCUCAGCAGAGUUAUAAUGUGGGAUUUGACCUCGUUCAUCAGUUUGUUUACUUCCAAAGAAUUGAUUGUGAACUUCUUAGUGGCUGA